AUGGGCAAAGUUAAGAAAUUUGUCAAUGGUCAAUUUAUCGUUUAUGGUCAAGCGAAAGAAUUAUUUAAAAUAGUUCCAUUUCUUUAUAUUUAUCAUCAGUGUGUUUACGAUUCUCACAAUUGUAUAAUGAGAAUAACCAAAUACAUUCCAAGCAGAUAUGUUGCAAGUGACAACAAUUGUUUCAAUGCUUAUGAUCUUGGAUAUAUUGAACUUUCAAAAAGUUAUUAUCCUCAAAAGUUAAUAUGUAAUACGAGUAUAAAGAAAAGUAAAAAAGAAAAAUGA